UAGAGCUCUGGAAAUUCUUGCGAUUCUAUUGAAUUUGGGACAUGGAAACUUUAAUAAAUUUUCAUUUCAAUAAUUCUCAUAUAAAUGCAUAUCAAUUUUUUUCCCCUGUGAAUUCUACAGCAAUAAUCGUCAAUUUUAUAUCCUUCAAUUUUUUCCUCAAGAAACCGCGAGUAGUGAAUUCCAUGAAUGGCGUAGACAUUCCAUUCAUCAAGACGCAAUCAAAGAAUUUUCCUCAUACGACGAAAAAAUUAUUACAGCCAUUCUAUCCGAUGUUACUCCAUGACGAUGACUUGUACAACACGAUCCUUGAUAUGGAAAUGACGAGCAGCCAGGAAAUUUCUCAUAAGAACGAGAGUUCAGGUGGAAAAAAGUGCUUCCUAGGGGAUGAUGCUGAGGAGACUGAUGGUCAUGCCUGGACCACCAAGAGGAUCGACGAAUGGAGCAAGGGAGAUACCAUAAACUGGUUAUUGUCCGCUGCUUCGCAUAUGGGACAGCCCUAUUGCUCCAUUCAACAGAGCUUGGCUAUUCCUGGCAGGGACCUUGUUAAACUCAAGAAGAAGGAGUUCGUUCUUCGUGAUCACGAUUAUGGAGCGAAACUCUACAAACUUUUGCACUCACAGAGAAUGCAAAACGUUUUACCGAACUUUUCAUCGAUUGACAGAAUAUCUCGAGAUGAUUGCAGAUCCUCGGGCGGCUCUACAUGUUUUUCUGAAACUACUGAAUCUGAAGACAAUCUAGACAUUCCAUCUAAAGGACGGACUCCAGGUCGGCCCAAAGGUUUCAAACAGAAAAAUUCCCCUCAAAAUUUGGGAAAAUUGUGGGAGUACAUUAGGGACCUCCUGCAGAAUCCAGAAACAUGUCCUAACCUUAUUCGCUGGGAGGAUUAUUCCCAGGCGAAGUUUAAAUUCGUCAGGAGUGAAGAAGUGGCUAGACGGUGGGGCGCGAGGAAUGGAAAUACUACAAUGACUUAUGAAAAAUUCAGUCGAGCCAUGAGAUAUCACUACGACAAUCAAAUCUUUCAAUCAGUCAAGAAUGAAAAAUUAGUGUACAAAUUUGGUCCCAACGCAAAAGGAUGGCAAACCGACAAUCCGAAUUUCCUCCGUCAAUCAUCAUAAAAGAAAAUCCUCAAGCGAUAUAAAAAAAAACUCAGGUACCUUAAUGAAGUCGUGAAUGGGAGGAAAUGUGCAAUCGCUCUCUCACUGUUUACAAUCUCUCUACUUGUAACACUUUAUCAUUGUGGCAAUGUUCAUUGUCAAUUUCGCGACAUCUAUAAUAUCACAGGAGGUAGUACAGCGUAUUCGCUAAAAACCUUAACAUUAUUGACUAUUGUAUUCGUGCGGCAAUGCAUUACAGUUAAGAAGCUCAAUGUUUAUUAUUUAUUUCAAACCAUUUGGCGAACUUGAUGUUUCAAAAGUCUGGAAUCUAGCGGAUUAUCAUUAUUCAAUUAAUUUAUUUGGUCGGAAGAAUGGAAUUUUUAUUUUAAUUUGAGACCACUAAUCCUAUUAUUUCGUAUGCAUACUUUACCACUCUAUAAAAGCUGAAGAAUGAUCCAAACUUAAUAAAUGCAUUCAUAUAAAAUAAAGAAAUCACCUUUUGCCUCGUUCAAUUAUCGAUGGCAUCGAAUCUAUACAUUUUAACGAAAAUAAUGUACCAUUUCCAGAAAAAAAUAAAUGGUCGCUUUGAAUUCAUUCCCUAUCCAAUAAGAUUGUGCGGCAUGCAUUUUAUGUACUAGGAUUUCAGCAGUGAAAUUGUAAAGUGAAAUAAAGUAAAAUAAAAUCUCAGUGAAA